GCGCAUGGCGCAGUGACGAUAUCAGCGAGUUUAUAUUCGCGCGGCCCAGAAAGCGGAGGCCUCUGCGGCCCCGUCCUCGGAGACACGCGGCUUUUCCCCGCGCUAGCCAUGGCCGACUACCUGAUUAGCGGGGGCACGUCUUACGUGCCGGACGACGGGCUUACGGCACAGCAGCUGUUCAACUGCGGGGACGGCCUCACCUACAAUGACUUUCUCAUUCUCCCCGGGUACAUCGACUUCACAGCAGACCAAGUGGACCUGACCUCUGCUCUGACUAAAAAGAUCACUCUGAAGACCCCACUGGUUUCCUCACCCAUGGACACAGUCACAGAGGCUGGGAUGGCCAUAGCAAUGGCGCUUACGGGUGGUAUUGGCUUCAUUCAUCACAAUUGUACACCAGAAUUCCAGGCCAAUGAAGUUCGGAAAGUGAAGAAAUAUGAGCAGGGAUUCAUCACAGACCCUGUGGUCCUCAGUCCCAGGGAUCGCGUGAGGGAUGUCUUUGAAGCCAAGGCCCGGCAUGGCUUCUGUGGUAUCCCCAUCACUGACACAGGCCGGAUGGGAAGCCACCUGGUGGGCAUCAUCUCCUCAAGGGACAUUGAUUUUCUCAAGGAGGAGGAACAUGACCGGCUUUUGGGAGAGAUCAUGACAAAGAGGGAAGACUUGGUGGUAGCCCCUGCAGGCAUCACAUUGAAGGAAGCAAAUGAAAUUCUGCAGCGUAGCAAGAAGGGAAAGUUACCCAUUGUAAAUGAAAAUGAUGAACUGGUGGCCAUCAUUGCCCGGACAGACCUGAAGAAAAACCGAGAUUACCCACUGGCCUCCAAAGAUGCCAAGAAGCAGCUGCUGUGUGGAGCAGCCAUUGGCACUCAUGAGGAUGACAAGUAUCGGCUGGACUUGCUGUCCCAGGCUGGUGUGGACGUAGUGGUUUUGGACUCUUCCCAGGGAAACUCCAUCUUCCAGAUGAACAUGAUCAAGUACAUCAAAGAGAAAUACCCCAGUCUCCAAGUCAUUGGAGGCAAUGUGGUGACGGCUGCUCAGGCCAAGAACCUCAUUGAUGCUGGUGUAGAUGCCCUGCGGGUGGGAAUGGGCAGCGGCUCCAUCUGCAUCACUCAGGAAGUGCUGGCCUGUGGGCGGCCCCAAGCAACAGCUGUUUACAAGGUGUCAGAAUAUGCGCGGCGUUUUGGUGUUCCUGUCAUCGCUGACGGAGGAAUCCAAAAUGUGGGCCAUAUUGCCAAAGCUUUGGCCCUUGGAGCUUCCACAGUUAUGAUGGGCUCCCUCCUGGCUGCUACCACUGAGGCCCCUGGCGAGUACUUCUUCUCUGAUGGAAUCCGGCUAAAGAAAUACCGUGGUAUGGGUUCUCUCGAUGCCAUGGACAAGCAUCUCAGCAGCCAGAACCGAUAUUUCAGUGAAGCAGACAAAAUCAAGGUGGCCCAGGGGGUGUCUGGGGCUGUUCAGGAUAAAGGAUCCAUCCACAAAUUUGUUCCCUACUUGAUUGCUGGCAUCCAGCACUCCUGCCAGGAUAUUGGUGCCAAGAGUCUGACCCAAGUCCGAGCCAUGAUGUAUUCUGGGGAGCUCAAGUUUGAGAAGAGAACAUCCUCAGCCCAGGUGGAAGGUGGUGUCCACAGCCUCCAUUCGUAUGAGAAGCGUCUUUUCUGAAAAGGGAUUAUACAGCAUACCCCGUCGAUUUUUCAAUAAAAGUUUGAAAAAAAGUGAUGCCUGAUCUUUGAGGUCA